UGUUCUUAGCUGGGUGAGCUCGGCAGGUGUGUGGUCGGUGACAAGCAAUCCAGGAGUGUGAAAUCUGCUCAGCCCUUCCAAGAUGUUCUCCAAACUCGUCCAAAGACGCACCUUGGGUGCUCUCUGCAACCUCCGGGCUUCUAUCAGUUCAGCUGGACCAGUGGCCACCGAAAGUCCUGUGGAAGAUGCAUUGUCUUCUGAAUAUGUGUAUGACAGAGAAGCAAAGUAUGGGGCGCACAACUACCACCCUCUGCCUGUUGCUCUAGAAAGGGGAAAAGGUGUGUAUGUUUGGGAUGUAGAAGGCCGGAGAUAUUUUGACUUCCUAAGUGCAUACAGCGCUGUGAACCAGGGACACUGCCAUCCCAAGAUUGUUAACGCUUUGAAAUCCCAAGCGGAUAAACUGACUCUUACAUCUAGGGCUUUCUACAAUGAUGUCCUUGGGGAAUAUGAAGAGUACAUAACAAAAUUAUUCAACUACAACAAAAUUCUCCCCAUGAAUACAGGUGUUGAAGGUGGCGAAACUGCCUGCAAAUUGGCCCGGAAGUGGGCCUACACUGUGAAAGGAGUUCCCAAGUACAAGGCUCAGAUUAUAUUUGCAGCUGGCAACUUCUGGGGCAGGACCAUGUCUGCUAUAUCGUCCUCCACAGACCCAUCCAGCUAUGAGGGCUUUGGACCAUUUAUGCCUGGAUUUAAAGUAAUUCCAUAUAAUGACCUUCCUGCCCUUGAGCGAGCUCUGCAGGACCCCAAUGUGGCAGCUUUCAUGGUUGAACCUAUUCAGGGUGAGGCUGGUGUCAUUGUUCCUGAUGAAGGUUACAUGACUGGUGUGAGACAGCUGUGCUCAGCGCAUAAUGUGCUGCUCAUUGCUGAUGAGGUGCAGACUGGAUUGGCCAGAACUGGGAAGAUGCUUGCCGUAGACUAUGAGAAUGUUCAUCCAGAUAUUGUGAUCCUUGGAAAAGCUUUGUCAGGAGGAGUGUAUCCGGUUUCUGCUGUUCUUUGUGACGAUGAGGUGAUGCUCACAAUCAAGCCAGGAGAACAUGGAUCCACCUAUGGUGGCAAUCCAUUAGCUUGCCGUGUGGCAAUUGCUGCUCUGGAGGUGAUUGAGGAGGAGAAGUUGUCAGAGAAUGCCAGAUUGAUGGGAGAACUGCUGAGAGCAGAGCUUAUGAAGGCACCAUCAGACAUAGUGACCGCUGUCAGAGGAAAGGGUCUGCUUAAUGCCAUUGUCAUCAAACAAACAAAAGACUGCGAUGCCUGGAAGGUGUGCCUCCGACUCCGUGAUAAUGGACUCUUGGCCAAACCCACACAUGGAGACAUCAUCAGACUGGCACCACCACUGACCAUCAAUGAAGAAGAGAUUCAGGAGUGCACUGAAAUUAUCCACAAGACCUUGCUUUCAUUUUGAGCAGUCUUUAUGGAGGCAUAAAAGUUUAAUUCUGCUUUCUCAUGUCUUGGCUCACUGACUGGAAACUCUAAGUGUUUAGAGUGCUUUUAGAAUUGGUCCAAUGGACACUUGUCUGCUCUCUACUGAUCCCAUGGGCAGUGAUCUGGUAGUCACUGCUGCACACAGAUGGGCAGUAGACUGAAGGUAUAAAGGAUUGGAAUAUGGUCCAGAUUACCAGUAGUUCUGGUGCUGGAAAUGUGUUUAAGGAAGUUACAUGUAUGCUAUGUAGUAUCCAUCUGCAGUACAACGUGCUGUAUAUAAUGUAGUGUUUAUAAAAGUAACAGUUAUUUAAUAUUUCAUAUUUCUAGAGUUUAUAGUUUGCUUUAUGUAAAAUGUGAAUAAACAUGGCUUGUUCUUG